AAACGAGCCCUUGAAUGCUUCAAAACCUCAAGAAUCCAUGUUGUCCCACUGAAAAACCCUGCUUGGCUUUAGAAUCACGAGCACCUAACCCUAGUCAUGAUCGCCAAACUUGAUAGAAUCGGGGAAAGCUUCACCGACUGAUCGGAAAAGCUACAUACAUUUUCCUGUUAAUCUAGCAUUGGGCAUAUUUGGUAGUGAAGAGGUUUUGAAAGAAGCUGUAUGUAUUGAUACCAAUGGACACAUAUUGUAACAAUAACGGUGUCAUGGAAUCAAAAUUAACACCAGAUCUAAGUGAAGAAUUCCUAGAGGAUUUCUGUAAAAAAGCAUCAAGAUCCUUUUUCAAACAGCAUGGUCUUAUAAGCCACCAGAUCAACUCUUACAAUGAAUUCCUCAAAACUGGAAUUCAAAACGUCUUUGAUUCAUUAGGUGAGUUCAAUGUUGAGCCUGGAUACGACCCAUCUGGAAAUGAAACCAUAAGGAGAUGUGCUUCAGUCAAAGUUGGAAAAGUCAACCUAGAUAGACCAAUGUUUUGGGCAGGUGAUAGCUUCUCAACAGAAACUGGUAAAGGAUACUUAAUCCUCUUACCCAAACAUGCCCGCCUUCAAAACAUUACUUAUUCAUCCAGGAUGAGUGUUCAUAUUCAAUUUCAGGUAUAUACUGAAGAGCUGGUUAAAAUCGACACUUUAGAAGCUGGAAAAGAGCUUAUUGAAAAGAAGGUUUCAUUAGAUGAUAGUAGAGAAAUCACAAUUGGCAGAUUGCCUGUUAUGGUCAAAUCUGACUUGUGCUGGAUGAAUGAAAUGGAGAAAGGAGACUGUGAGUUUGACUAUGGAGGAUAUUUCUUAAUCAAAGGAGCUGAAAAGACUUUUAUUGCACAAGAGAAAACUUGUCUGAAGAGACUUUGGUUGGUCAACAGUCCAAUCUGGACAGUCAAAUACCGGUCAGUUUCUGGAAGGGAAAGGGUUUAUGUAAAGCUUGUGGACACUCAUAUUAGAGGGGGCGGAAAGGUCAUUACUGUGUAUUUGUUUAACUCAGUAGAGAUUCCUGUAUGGAUGCUAUUCUUUGCUCUUGGUGUCACCUCAGACAAAGAAGUCAUUGAUUUAAUUGAUGCUGAUGCUAAUGACAACACUAUCAUGAACACACUUCUUGCAUCAAUCUAUGAUGCUGAUCAAAAGUCAAAGGACUUUAGGAAAGAGGGGAAAGCUUUAAGUAAUCUUUCAUAUGCACUCAAGCAAAAAUGGACCUAUGCACCUAAAGGAACAUUCAAAAACUGCAUAGAAGAGUUAUUAUUUCCAAAUCUUCAUGGGUUCAACCGAAAAGCUAGGUUUCUUGGGUACAUGGUGAAAUGUCUUCUAGAAGCUUAUACGGGUCGUAGGAAAGUUGAUGAUAGAGAUAGUUUUAGAAGCAAAAGGGUAGAAUUAGCAGGAGAGUUACUUGAGAGAGAACUUAGAGUUCAUUUAAAACAUGCUGCUAGAAGAAUGGUGAAGGCUUUGCAAAGAGACCUUUGGGGAGAUCGGCCUUUACACCCAAUUGAGCAUUAUUUGGAUGCUUCGGUUGUUACUAAUGGGCUUUCAAGGGCAUUUUCGACCGGUGCGUGGGUCCAUCCUUAUAAACGGAUGGAAAGAAUUUCGGGUGUGGUGGCCCACCUUAGAAGGGCAAAUCCUCUACAGAUGAUGGCUGAUAUGAGGAGGACACGUCAGCAGGUUCAGUAUACAGGGAGAGUUGGAGAUGCUAGAUAUCCGCAUCCAUCACAUUGGGGGAAAAUCUGUUUUAUGACAACCCCAGAUGGAGAGAACUGUGGGUUGGUGAAGAAUUUGUCUAGUGCUGGUAUUGUGAGCACAAAUGUCCAAGAAAAUCUGGUUGGUAUAUUAAUGGAGUCUGGAAUGAAAGAAUUGGUUGAUGACACGUCACCAUUAUUUGGUGGAAAACACAAAGUUUUUGUCAAUGGAGAUUGGGUUGGAAUUUGUGAUGAUUCUGCUUCACUUGUUGAUGAUUUCAGAAGCAAAAGGCGCAGAAAGGAAGUUCCUUAUCAGGUGGAGAUAAAACGAGAUGAGAAGAAUAAAGAAGUGCGUAUAUUCUCGGAUGCAGGAAGGCUCAUGCGACCUCUUUUAUGUGUUGAGAAUUUAAAAAACAUUAAAUCUUUGAAAACCGGAGAUUAUUCAUUCCAAAGUCUUGUAAACAACGGAAUCAUCGAGCUCAUUGGAACCGAAGAGGAAGAAGAUUGCUACACAGCAUGGGGAGUUAAACACCUUUUUCAAAAAACUUCACCUCUUUACACACAUUGUGAACUCGACAUGUCAUUUCUCUUAAGUUUAAGCUGUGGAAUAAUCCCAUUUGCAAAUCACGACCACGCUAAACGUGUCCUUUUUCAAUCUCAAAAACAUUCCCAACAAGCAAUCGGAUAUUCAACCACAAAUCCAAACAUUCGAGUCGAUACCCUUUCACAUCAACUAUUUUACCCUCAAAAGCCGCUUUUUCGCACGAUUCUUUCCGAUUCUCUUGCAACACAGAAACACGGGAAUAAUAUUAAUGGCAAUGAAUAUUACAAUGGACAAUGUGCGAUUGUUGCUGUGAAUAUCCACUUGGGAUAUAACCAAGAGGACUCAUUGGUGAUGAAUCGUGCUUCUUUAGAACGCGGGAUGUUUAGAUCAGAACAUGUUAGGAGUUACAAAGCUGAUGUGUCUAAUAAGGAAUCGUGUGGGAGUGGGAAGAAGGGAAGGUUUGAUGAUGAUAUAAUAUUUGGGAAAAUUCAAAGUAAAAUUGGACGUGUUGAGAAUCUUGAUGAAGAUGGGUUUCCGUUUGUUGGUGCUAGAUUGAACAGUGGUGAUAUUGUUAUAGGAAAGUAUGCAGAAUCAGGAGGUGAUCAUAGUAUUAAAUUGAAGCAUGGUGAAAGAGGAUCAGUGCAGAAAGUUGUUUUGUCUGCUAAUGAUGAUGGGAAAAACUUUGCUACUGUAUCCUUGAGACAGGUACGCACUCCAAGUCUUGGUGACAAAUUCUCAAGUAUGCAUGGGCAAAAGGGCGUUUUGGGGUUUUUGGAGUCGCAAGAAAACUUUCCUUUUACAAUAGAAGGAAUAGUCCCAGAUAUUGUAAUAAACCCACACGCCUUUCCUUCUCGACAAACGCCAGGUCAGCUUCUGGAGGCUGCGUUAGGCAAAGGGAUCGCCAUGGGUGGCCCACUAAAAUACGCGACCCCUUUCUCCACUCUCUCAGUUGACGCCAUAACUAAUCAGCUUCACAGGUGUGGAUUUUCAAGAUGGGGAAACGAGAGAGUUUACAACGGGCGAACAGGGGAAAUGGUGGAGUCGUUAGUGUUCAUGGGUCCCACGUUUUACCAAAAGCUGGUCCACAUGUCGGAAGACAAGGUGAAGUUCCGGAACGUGGGGCCGGUCCACCCGCUGACACGUCAGCCGGUGGCGGACAGGAAGCGGUUCGGUGGGGUGAAGUUUGGGGAGAUGGAAAGGGACUGCAUCAUAGCGCAUGGAGCAACUGCUAAUUUGUAUGAGAGGCUUUACACGCUGUGUGAUGCUUCACAUAUGCAUAUUUGUAGGAAAUGUAAUAAUAUGGCGAGUGUGAUUCAGAGGUCGGUCCCACGUGGGCCCAAGAUCCGUGGGCCGUAUUGUCGGGUUUGUGAGUCGGUUGAGGAUGUUGUGAAGGUGAAUGUGCCGUAUGGGGCCAAGUUGCUUUGGCAGGAGCUUUUUAGUAUGGGAAUUGGUAUUGAGUUUGAAUCUGAGCCUUGCUGAAAGAAAGAUAUUUUGUAUUGUAUGAAUUAGGGCAUGUAUGUAUGUAAGUGAAAUAUGGUAACUACUCAUUUUGGUGACCUAAUGUAAUGCUA